CUGCUCUUAUACCCGCGGCCUAGUAUCUGAUGUAGGGACCUGCAUGCAACUGAACUCCAUUUAAGCGCAUCCUGCUGUCUGCCGUGGCACGCAAACUGAGCGACCACGAUGGCCCGGCGUGCAUUUGCACUGCCUCCCGUAGCGGCAGAUCAACCUCCGUUCAGCUGGGCCAGGAGCAGAGAUCACGCCCUAUGGCAAGCGCCCAUCAAACUCCAGGUUCCAUUGACUUCUCGUGUGUCUAUGCUCAUCCACUGCAGCUCCAGCGUGUUGGCGGCCGCCCACUGCAGCAGCGGCAGGGCUCCCUUAGCGGGCCUAGCUCCCCAUAGCAGGAUUUUACAGCGCGCUGUGCUGUGCUAUGCUGUGCUGUGCUGUGCUGUGCCCUUGAUCUCCGUGCCAAGAGGCGUUGUCUCCAGGCCUCGUCUCCCCUUGUGGUCCAUCCAUUUUCCGCUGAUAGCCCCCUGGGCCACCAUCAUUAGCGCUGGCCCGGAGCGAACGAUAAACCCGCCACUGGCACCAGCCAAGCGCCUCGUUCCAAUUUUCCACGAGGUUGGAGCCCGACAGCCCGCGCGUCGUCAAGAGAGGCAGAACGACUUCAUUUCACGCUCUACUUUUUUUCCUCUGUCGUUUUGCGUGGGAGCGGCUGCACUGACUGCAUCCAAUCCAUCCCUGUUUUUUUCCCCUUCCAGGCGCUGUUGCUCGCUGUAACCCCCCCAAGCCAAUUCGUCAUCCCAGCGGGCUGCGGAGUGGGUCAGCGCGCCGCCAGUCCUUCCCUCUGGUUAGCUGUUCUGUCGUCUCU